ACAACAGCAUCGAAUCCCAUGAUGCUUUGCCGUGCCCGCCGACCCAGCGCGAGGCUAACUGGCGUUAGCUACCGGGGAGCGGACAUGUUGUACCGUCCUUUCCAGGAAUAAACCCAGUUUCGAUCGGGAUUUCCGGGGUGAAGGGAGAAGCCAGGUGCAUCUGGCAACCAUGGAGGCCGUGAACGCCUUUAACCAGGAGUUGUUCUCCUUGAUGGACUCCAAGCCUCCUAUAUCUCGAGCUAAGAUGAUCUCCAUCACCAAAUCAGCCAUAAAAGCUAUGAAACUCUACAAACACGUGGUCCAGAUUGUGGAAAAGUUUAUCAAAAAGUGUAAGCCGGAGUAUAAAGUGGCGGGCUUGUAUGUGGUGGAUUCCAUUGUAAGGCAGUCCAGGCACCAGUUCGGACCGGACAAAGACGUGUUUGGGCCGAGGUUCACCAAAAAUAUCAUAGGAACUUUCGAGAACCUUUGUCUCUGCCCCGUGGAGGACCGGAGCAAGAUCGUGCGGGUGUUGAACCUGUGGCAGAAGAACGGCGUGUUUAAGAUCGAGGUUAUCCAGCCGCUCUUGGACAUGGCUGCUGGCUCCGGCAGCGGUGCGGCUUCCAUCACACACACAGAAGAGUCAGGAUCCUCACCAUCUCCAACCAAAGAGCCCGUCAGCGCAGUCACAGACAUCUCCGCCCCGACACCCGCCCCUCCGCUGCAAAACGCCGACGCCUUAGCUGCCGUAGCGCAGCUCUUCCAGUCCUCGCAGGGCCAGCAGCUUCAGCAGAUGCUUCAGAACUUUCAGCAGCAGGUGGCGAAGCCCGAAAGCAACGCCGCCGAGCCUCCUCCGCCGACUGCUCACCCGCCGGUCCAAAGUGUGCCUAGUGGCCUGGCUGCAGUGGCUCUUCAGCCUCCUCUCCCCUCGCCACAGCCUCCUCCUCCAGCCCACCCUGGCCAGCAGGACCAGUCUGCCCAGCAAAAGGCAGCUUUUGACAGGAAACUGCUGGACCGUUUUGACUACGACGAUGAACCAGAAGUCGUAGAAGAAAAUAAAAAGGAUGAAGCGACCUCACAGCCCCCCUUUAUGCAACAGCCUCCAGCCUUCCCUCAGCACAUGGAGCACUUUAAUACACAGAUGAUGAACAUCUCACAAGACCUCACGCAACAGGUUCCUGUGCCUCCUAACGGCCAGCUGCAUGCCGCUCUGGUUCUGCCAGGACAAAGCUUCCCCGUAGCCAUGCCGACGAUGGGUCACUCUCUUCCAGGGCAGCCCCUCCCCGGUCCAGCCGGGCAUCCAGGCUUCCCAGGGGUGUACCCUCCUCAAAAUGCUGCCAAGCCACAACAGGACUCCACAGUAGAGAUUGACCAUACAUCAAUGAGAGACGGCCGGCAUGGUCGACGGUCCCAUUCAGGCUCCAGAUCUCCAAAGAGGAGAAGGUCUCGGUCCGGUUCUCGCUCACGGCGGUCCAGGCACAGGCGAUCUCGCUCCCGCUCCAGAGACCGCCGUCACCGCUCACCACACUCUCGCUCACAGGAGCGCCGGGAGAGGGAGAAAGAAAGAGAGCGGCGGCAGAAAGGCCUUCCACCAGCCAAGAGCGAGACUCUGAGCAUUUGUAGUACAACACUGUGGGUGGGUCAGCUGGACAAGAGAACCCAGCAGCAGGAUGUCGCCUCGUUGCUUGAGGAGUUUGGACAGAUCGAAUCUAUUAAUAUGAUUCCUCCACGUGGCUGUGCAUACAUUGUCAUGAUCCACAGGCAAGAUGCGUUCAGAGCACUGCAGAAGCUCAGCAGAGGACCGUAUAAAGUUAACCAGAAAGCAAUUAAGAUUGCUUGGGCUUUGAACAAAGGUAUAAAGCCUGAUUUCAAACAGUACUGGGAUGUGGAGCUGGGCGUCACCUACAUACCUUGGUCUAAAGUCCGAGAGGACCAGUUAGUGGAGCUGAAAGAGGGAGGAAUGCUGGACAUGGAUACCUUAUCACCAGACUGGAGUAGUUUGAGGAAGCCCGUGGACCAACCCGAGGAACCCACACACAACGGGCGUUCUGAGCAGCAGCAGCAGCCCGAGGAGACGCAGGUGUUGCCGAUGGCCGCCGCCGCCGCUCCUCCUGUACAGGUCCCUCCAUUGCAGCAGCCAAUGAUUGGCAUGGGUCCUCUCCAGCCUCCCAUCUUUCCAGGUCACAUGGGGAUGCCGCCGCCCGGCUUCGCUCCAGGCAUGCCCCCUCCUCCCUUCAUCAGACCCGGCUUCAACCCGCUACAAAUGCCCCCAGGUUUUCCUCCCUCGGGACCUAUGCCCCUUGGUCCCCCGCACCCUGCCCCAGGGGGAGUUGAUGAACCUCCUCAAGACCCAGCAGGUGUCGGCGCCAAGAAAAAUGAUGAGGUCCUUGAGAAUCCACACCUAUUUAAUAACCAAAUGGGGCACAUGGGACCUCAAGGAGGUUUUCCGGGUGGGCCUCUAACUAAUUCUACAGGCGGCCCCCCAGUUGGUCUUCUUGUAGGACAUCCAGGUGGUCCUCUAGUUGGGCAUCCAGGUGGCCCCCCAGUCGGGCAUCCCGGUGGUCCCCCGGUUGGACAUCCCGGUGGUCCUCCGAUCGGGCAUCCAGGUGGCCCCCAGGUCGGACAUCCAGGUGGCCCCCAGGUCGGGCAUCCAGGUGGCCCCCAGGUCGGACAUCCCGGUGGCCCCCCUGUCGGGCAUCCAGGUGGCCCCCAGGUCGGGCAUCCAGGUGGCCCCCAGGUCGGACAUCCAGGUGGCCCCCAGGUCGGACAUCCCGGUGGCCCCCAGGUCGGACAUCCCGGUGGCCCCCCUGUCGGACCUCCAAGAGGUCCUCCAUCUGGACCUCCAGGUCCUGGUGGACACCCUGGAAACAUCCAGCCCCCUUCUGGUGGUCUGCUAGGGUCCCGGCCUGGGAUGCCCCUCCAUCGCCCCCAGGGUCCACCACCAUCUCAAAUGCAGCGUUUCCCUCCACCCCAUGGGCCAAGACCACCUCACCCCAACAUGCCCCCUGGCCCCCCACAGAUGAUGCCCAGGGGGCCACACCCUCAGAUGAUGCGCCACGAGCAGCCGCAACCUAAAGGAGGAUUUGGGAUGGCGCCUCCACAUAAUAUGAGAGGCCCCUUCCCUCGAGCGCACGGCCCACCCCCUCAAGGUCCAGAUUCGUUUGUAAGAUCAGGUGGUCCUAGGAGCUUCGAAGGGCAGGAGGAGAUGGAUGAUAGGCCCCUCAGGGGAGACAGGCCUGGAUUCAGGGAUCGAGAACAGGAAAGGGACCGAGACUGGGAUCGAGACAGAGAUAGAGAGAGAGGCUUUGGCGGAGGAAGGCGUUUUGGCGAUGGAGGUAGAGGUGGCGGUAGUGAAAAAAUGGAUGGGAGGGACAGGCUCGGGGGUUGGCAGGAGGAUAUGGGGAAUCCCCGUGGGGGGGGAUGGGAGAGAGACAGAGACCGCGAUCGGGACAGAGAUAGGCGGGACUGGAGGGAGAGGCGAGGCAGCCUUGAUAGAGACAGAGAACGAGGGCGCGCCGACGAUGGGGAGAGGGAUCGGGGGAGAGUGGAGGGAGGAGAAAGAAGCAGGGGAGAAGGAGGGAGCCGGGACAAAGCCAGACCGGCCGAAGUCAAAGUAGACAAACCGAGGCGGACGGAGCGACGGGAGAGGACAUCACGGUGGGACAAGGAUGAUCGACUGGCCGAGCUGGAAAACAUGGACAAGUUCCGGAGCUCUAACAGCACAGAGCCAUCCGGUGUCACUCCUCCCGUUACUGUGGAAACCAGGAAAGAGCAAAAGGAGGAACCCACUAAAAAGAAGGAGGAGUCGGAACAUUUACCUGCAGAGACGACUCCGGCUGCUGAGACACCACAGCCCUCGAAGUCUAAAGAGCCGGCUCAGAGUGAGCCCACGGAAACAAAAGGAGAAGGAGAAGCCGCGGCAUCGUAGACCUUCAGCCUGUGGCCGCUGCGAAGGGGAGAAACUCCGAAAAAAAACGUUUUGUCCACUGUAAUAGUCUCAGUUCUAACUAGUUGACUGUUCAUCAGAUGAUCAUUAACAGUUCCUGGGCAGUAGUAUCUGUUGAAAAAUCACAUUACAGCUAUUCUGGCCUGUCAUUUUGGUUUUUAUUUUAAACAAAAGGUGAGAUGUCUACCUUUUUUUUUUUUUUUUUUUUUUUUGGUCAUAGUUUGUAUGCAGACAUUGGGGCAAAUCAUUUUCGUGUCCCACAUUUAUUCAUACCUUCAUGUCGUCACCUACAAGAAGGGGAGGACCUUUUGAACAACGUAAAUUAGAUCUGUUAUAUGGUCCCCUUUAAAACCUGCUACUCUGAAAACCGCCUAAAUUGACUUUAUUGUAAUGGAGGCAUCAAUGUCUUCCAUUUAUCGCUCCUUAUAUUACAUCGUUUAUGUUUUUACCUCCAAAAGACAGGAUCAAAUGAACCUUAAAAAAUAAUUUGCUUAAUGGAUCUUUUUAAAAGGAAAAAAAAGUGUUUUGAUUUCAUUUCUUUUACUUUUAAGGCAUGUUACCUUGCUGAAAACGUGAUUAUUCAGAGAAAUACACGUUUAAUAUGGAGUUGCCUUUGACAUAUUCAGGGAGAAUAUAGUUUAAUAUCACAUACAUUUAUCCGUGAUUCAACCAUGAAAAACAAAGGUUCCAUUUGCAAACUAGAACCAUGCGCCAAAAGCUGUUCAAAAAAAUAAACUAAAAAAAUGUAUUUGCCUAAAAUGAUUUGGAUACGUUUCAAAUACUUUGGGGGUCAAAUAUUUUAAAAGUUAAGAGCGAGUUACAGUUUCACAGGACAUGUUUAAUUCCACUCGCCCUCUUAAUUCGCUCUAAACGUUUGGUUCAGAUCUGCUAAAAAGAGACUUAGGAUAUGUGGGGAAUUUAAAACAAAAAAUGUUUUCUACUCUAUAUUAAAAGACUCACGAAAAUGAAUUUUCAAAUUACUUGCCCUUCAUCCUGCCUGUCGGACUGACUUUAUUAUUAUAAUGUUCUGUGAAUUAUGCUUUAAGUGGUGGUUUUCCCAUUUGUCCCCUUUCAGCACAAUUCUCCGUCAUGCUAAAAACCAUUUUAGUCACAUGAAAAAUAAAAAAAACCCUGAACCUAGUAAUGUUUUUUUUUUUUUUUUUUUUUUAAAUGAAAAAUCUUAUUACAAUUUUUUUUUUGAAGCCCAAAAUCAGCAAUCGGACAAUUUUACACCGAAUCGUGUAAAGCAGAAAUUAUGAAAAAUGAAGGCCGCUGCCUAGGACACUGCUGUAAAUAUGCUUUUAUCACUGAUGACUUUUAAGGUUUAAUGGUAAUAGUUGUUAAUAAUCUGUUAUUGGCGUAUGUGAAACACAUUGACACACAAAAAGAACCGCAGAAAUCUGUUUGCUUUAACGUUUUUAGCUCCUAUUGGUUUGAACAUUGACAGCCGUUUCUAUGACUUCAGUGUGAACGACGUGGACAAGAAAUCGUCAACAUUGUAGCCAUAGGAGCUUGUUUUUAAUAAACUAUUUUUGUACCAAA